AUCACAGGAAAAAAAAAAACUCUUCGUUGUCUUGCCUGGGCUUUUUUUCCCCCCCCUAAAAAUAACAUAUUGGAAAACUGGGAGAAGUCUCCUUGGUUUGGAAAAAAAAAAAAAAAGGAAUCUUCAGCCUAGAUCACUUUCUUAUCCGGACUGGGAUAUUAAAUAUACGACACAUCCAGGAGUUUAUUGGAGCGCAGACUGAUGGCGCAAAGGUACGAUGAGCUGCCCCAUUACGGCGGGAUGGACGGAGUAGGGGUGCCUGCUUCCAUGUACGGAGACCCUCACGCGCCGCGGCCGAUCCCACCGGUUCACCACCUGAACCACGGGCCGCCGCUCCACGCCACGCAGCACUACGGCGCGCACGCCCCGCACCCCAAUGUCAUGCCGGCCAGCAUGGGAUCCGCUGUCAACGACGCCUUGAAGCGGGACAAGGACGCGAUCUAUGGGCACCCGUUGUUUCCUCUGUUAGCUCUGGUCUUUGAGAAGUGCGAGCUGGCGACCUGCACUCCCCGGGAACCCGGAGUGGCCGGCGGAGACGUCUGUUCCUCCGACUCCUUCAACGAGGACAUCGCGGUCUUCGCCAAGCAGGUUCGCGCCGAAAAGCCACUUUUUUCCUCAAAUCCAGAGCUGGACAAUUUGAUGAUACAAGCAAUACAAGUACUAAGGUUUCAUCUUUUGGAGUUAGAAAAGGUCCACGAACUGUGUGAUAACUUCUGCCACCGGUACAUUAGCUGUUUGAAGGGGAAAAUGCCCAUAGACCUCGUCAUUGAUGAAAGAGAUGGCAGCUCCAAGUCAGAUCACGAAGAACUUUCAGGCUCCUCCACAAAUCUCGCUGACCAUAAUCCUGCAUCUUGGCGAGACCACGAUGAUGCAACUUCCACCCACUCAGCAGGCACCCCAGGGCCCUCCAGUGGGGGCCAUGCAUCCCAGAGUGGAGACAACAGCAGUGAACAAGGGGAUGGUUUAGACAACAGUGUAGCUUCACCUGGCACAGGUGACGAUGAUGAUCCAGACAAGGACAAAAAACGCCAGAAGAAAAGAGGCAUUUUCCCCAAAGUAGCAACAAAUAUCAUGAGAGCAUGGCUCUUCCAGCAUCUCACACAUCCGUACCCUUCCGAAGAGCAGAAGAAACAGUUAGCUCAAGACACAGGACUUACAAUUCUCCAAGUAAACAACUGGUUUAUUAAUGCCAGAAGAAGAAUAGUACAGCCCAUGAUUGACCAGUCAAAUCGAGCAGGUUUUCUUCUUGAUCCUUCAGUGAGCCAAGGAGCAGCGUAUAGUCCAGAGGGUCAGCCCAUGGGGAGCUUUGUGUUGGAUGGUCAGCAACACAUGGGAAUCCGGCCUGCAGGUUUGCAGAGCAUGCCAGGGGAGUACGUUUCUCAGGGUGGUCCUAUGGGAAUGAGUAUGGGACAGCCAAGUUACACUCCUCCCCAGAUGACCCCACACCCUACUCAGUUAAGACAUGGACCCCCAAUGCAUUCAUAUUUGCCAAGCCAUCCCCACCACCCAGCCAUGAUGAUGCACGGAGGACCCCCUUCCCACCCUGGAAUGACUAUGUCAGCACAGAGUCCCACAAUGUUAAAUUCUGUAGAUCCCAGUGUUGGCGGACAGGUUAUGGACAUUCAUGCCCAAUAGUAUAAGGGAACUCAAGGGAAAAGGAAACACACGCAAAAACUAUUUUAAGACUUUCUGAACUUUGACCAGAUGUUGACACUCAAUAUGAAAUUCCAGACAGCUGUGAUUAUUUUUUACUUUUUGUCAUUUUUCAUCAAGCAACAGAGGACCAAUGAGACAAGAACACAAAUGUGAAAUCAUGGGCUCACUGAGACAAUUCUGUCCAUGUAAAGAUCCUCUGGAAAAAGACUCCGAGAGUUAUAACUACUGUAGUAUAAACAUAGGAACUAAGUUAAACUUGUACAUUUCUGUUGAUCACUCCGUUAUGUUGCCUCAAAUAGUUUUAGAAGAGAAAAAAAAAAAUAUAUCCUUGUUUUCCACACUAUGUGUGUUGUUCCCAAAAGAAUGACUGUUUUGGUUCAUCAGUGAAUUCACUAUCCAGGAGAGACUGUGGUAUAUUUUAAACCUGUUGGGCCAAUGAAAAAAGAACCAUGCUGGAGACCAUGGUGAACGUCUGGCUGAACCUCAUCCCUCGGACUCCGGCUUCAAGAAUGUGUUUUCAUGCCCGGCCUUUGUUCCUCCAUAAAUGUGUCCUUUAGUUUCAAACAGAUCUUUAUAGUUUGUGCUUCAUAAGCCAAUUCUUAUUAUUAUUUUGGGGGACUCUUCUUCAAAGAGCUUGCCAGUGAAGAUUUAAAGACAGAGCAGGGGCUUCUUCCAGGAGUUCUAAGCCUUGGCUGUGGACAAAACAGUCUUAAGUUGGGCAGCUUUCCUCAACACACAAAAAAAGUUAUUAAUGGUCAUAGCACCACAACUAGGACUUUAUCCGAGACUCGAAGCUUGGAGGAUAAAAAGGAGCAAGAGAAUACUGUAACAAACUUCGUACAGAGUUCGGUCUAUUAAUUGUUUCAUGUUAGAUAUUCUAUGUGUUUACCUCAAUUGAAAAAAAAAAAAGAAUGUUUUUGCUAGUAUCAGAUCUGCUGUGGAAUUGGUAUUGUAUGUCCAUGAAUUCUUCUUUUCUCAGCACGUGUUCCUCACUAGAAGAAAAUGCUGUUACCUUUAAGCUUUGUCAAAUUUACAUUAAAAUACUUGUAUGAGGACUGUGACGUUAUGUUAAAAAAAAAAGGUGUUAAGUCACAAAA